AUUUAUUGGAAGCAUUCAAAGCAGAAGUUCUAUAAAUACUUAUGAAUUAGUUGUGUUGUUGUUUCAACUAUGUUUUGGGUUAAAGUGCUCCAAAGAUUAGAUUAAAAUACGUUUAAUGGUAGCAUGGAAUGUUUAGUUUUUGCGUUAGUUUAAAAUAUUUUACUUGUUGAAACAUUAAUACGUUCACCUUGGUACCGUUGAAAAGGUUUUUACGUUAAGUUCUGUGUUGAUAGGGUUUUAAUAUUGAAAACGUUUCAUACAGAGCAUAUCUGUGGACGCGUGGAUGCCUUACAGUAAUGAACUCGCCAAAUAUUAACGAAAUGAAUAAAGAAAUAAAAAAAGCUGUGCUAGAUUUAUCGGAACCAUCCGAUGAAUUAUUGGAAUGGGCUGAAGAAAACAUAAAUGAGAACCGAGACAAAAAAGAUCUCCUCAUAAGCGAAUUAAAAGAUAUGAUUUACGAAAAAGGGGAGUGUACGCCUUCGAGAACUGAUGACGAGUUCCUUUUGAGGUUUCUCAGGGCUCGACAUUUUAUUUUAAACAAAGCGCAUAGAUUGUAUGCCAAUUAUCACAAUUUUAUCGAAGAUGUGCCAGAAUAUUUUACAAAUGUCAAUUUACACACUUUAUCGAAAAUAAAGAAAACAAAUAUAUUUAAUUGCCCUUUAAAUAGAGAUCAACAUGGAAGAAGAAUGCUCAUAUUUAAAAUAGGCGAAUGGGUACCUUCCGAAUUUUCUCCAGAACAGAUCAUGCAGUUCGUAAUAUUUAUAAUCCAAAUCGGAAUAAUGGAACCACAAACACAAAUAAAAGGUGUCGUGGUUAUAUUUGAUCUUAGCGGAUUAUCCUUGGACAUGGUAUGGUAUAUGACUCCCACUCUUGCCAAGCAUUUAGUUAAUAUCACAGUUACUUCCAUGCCCACUCGUAUAGAAGCCGCGCACAUGCUUUACAGUUCUUGGAUAUUCGACACCGCUUUUAGUAUGAUUAAAGUAUUAAUACCGAAUGAUGUUAAAGAGAGGAUACAUUUUCACAAUGAUUUAGAUACUUUAUACACUCAUAUUGAUCAAAAACUUCUUCCAAAAUCACUUGGGGGCGCUCAAAAAGAUUUUUCGUUAAAUAUGUGGUAUGAUUGUCUGAUGGAAUCAGAUGACGGGAAAAUUAAGGCUGAAUUAGAAAAUUUAGGGUAUCAAGUACAGGAGUUUUUGGAUUCUAGAGAAAAUUAAUGUAAAACUAAAUAAACAUAUUAAAAUUU